AUAAAAUAAAUCAUUGUUUAUAAACACAAGAGAUUAAUGGCCUAUAAACAACUUUCAUUAAUUACAUAACAUAUACACUACAAUAUACAUACACAUCACAAUAGAUUAAGUAUGACGUAAUGAAUAAUGCCUUACAAUUGGAAUAAACACUGUUGGAUCAUUCAUAUCAUUAUUUUAAUAAUUCUAUUUGAAAUUUUAUAUCAUGUAACUAUGGAAAGUUAUUUUGAGAAUGAUAAAACAAUGCUUAUUUCAUACACAAUACAAGAAGAACUUUCAAGUGGUACAUUAGUUGGUAAUUUAUUUAAUGAUGUUCGAAAAUUAUACGAGAAAUUCAAAUUUACCACUUCAUCUCCAAUGACAACAGGAAUAACUAUGUUACAUUCAAUUAAACAAUUAAGAAAGUUUGAAUUAAAUCCAUAUGAUUUGAAUUCUAAACAAAUGAAUGAAUAUUUUAAAUUAGAUCAACAAACUGGUGAUCUAUUUAUACAAAAUCGUAUUGAUUAUGAAUAUAUAUGUCCGAAACCUUUAGUACAUACUACUACCUCUUCUAUGAUGACUUCCUCGUCUUCAUCAUCAUUAUCAUCGAAAAGUCUUUUAACAAUUCAUUCAAACAAUAAUGGAUUAGUCCACCUCUCACAUUAUAAUUGUUUAAUUCAAUUAAUUUUAUUUGUAAGUUUACAAAACUCCACUGAUGAACGUUGGAUUCCUAUCAGGAUUUAUAUUGAAGAUAUUAAUGAUAAUCGUCCAAAAUUUAUUGAAUUCAAUUCAUCAAAAUGGUUUAAUUAUUUUAAUGUAACAAUAAAAGAGAAUAUUCCAUUUGGUACAAGAAUACCUUUAAUGAAAGCCUAUGAUUUAGAUACCAUUGAGACAAAUACAAAUAUUUUAUAUAAACUAAACUAUCCUAUAAAAGAUAAUCAAACUGAUUAUCAUCGAAUUUUUGGUUUAGUAACAUGUUCCAUUAAUAAAUAUCAUGACAAUAAUAACAAUCAUCGAUUAAUAGAUGAAUCAAUCCAUGGAAGAAAUAAUGAUCAUUCUCCAUGUUUAAUCAUUAAAGAUAAAUUAGAUUAUGAAAUGAAACAAUAUUAUUUUAUUGAAUUAAUUGCAUAUGAAUCUGGUUAUUCAACCCCAAUUGAUUAUGCAAUAUUACCAAUUAAAAUUAUAAUCAUUGAUAUAAAUGAUAAUAUGCCAAAAUUUAUUUUCCCAAUAGAUAAUUAUUAUUCUAUGAAUAUAUCCGAAAAUUUACCAAUUGGAACAUUAUUAUUAAAAGUUGAAGCUAUUGAUAUAGAUAGUGGUGAGAAUUCACGUUUAACUUAUAGUUUAACACAAAAUUCAUUUAAGAAAAAAUUGAUCUUAACUGAAUUACAUGAUUAUGAUCUUAGUGAUAGUAAUCAUAAUAAUAAUGAUAACCUAAGGGAUAAUACCGAUUAUGAUCAGUCAAAUCCUUUUGGUCAAUUUAUAAUUAAUCCAUAUAAUGGUGAAAUACGUUUAAAUCAACUAUUACAUGCACAUGAAACACAACAAAUUGAAAUUAUUAUUCAUGUAAAUGAUAAUGGUAUACCUAUGCAUAAAAUAUCAAAACAUUUAUUAUUUAAUAUUAUUGAUAUUAAUAAUUAUGCACCAAAUAUAAAAAUUAAAAAAAUUGGUUGUAAUAAAUUUAAUAUAGAAUCAAAUGAAAUUAAAAUUUCAAAUAAUAUUGAAUCUGGUAGUUAUGUAGGUUUCUUAGUUGUUAAUGAUUUAGAUCUUGGAGAAAAUGGUUAUGUAACAUGUAAUCAAAAAUUAAAUGACUAUAAUGAUAAUAAUUUGGAUAAAUAUUCUUAUUUUAAAAUUAAUCUAAUUAAUAAUGGUCAAAUAUCUAGUCAAUAUUUAUAUACAUUACAAAUUAUAAAAGAUGAUUAUUUAGAUAAUGAAAAACAAAAUCAAUUUAGUUCUAAAAUUAAUAAUACAAUUGAUUAUCAAACAAUAUUUAAACAAAAAUUUACUUCAUUUAUGAUAAUUAUUACUUGUAAAGAUCAUGGUAGUCCAUUAGCAUUAACAACAUCAAUUAAUUUAUUAAUUACCAUAAUAGAUUAUCAACAAAUUGAUUUGUGCUUUGAACAAAUUACUUAUGAAUUAAUUAUUGAAGAAUCAAAUCAACCUAUAUUAAAUUUAUUACAACCUCAAUUACUUGAUAUUAUCAAUGAAGUAAAGUUUAGUAUAGAACCUAAAAAUGAAAAAUAUAAAAUUGGUUGUGAUCAUCUUGAAAUUAAUUCAUUCACAGGUGAGAUAUCCGCUCCAAAUGGUAUCGAUAGAGAAGAAAUAUCAUAUUUUAUUUGUUUAAUAAUCGCUAAAGAAAUUGAUAAUAAUGAUUUAAUAAAACAUAAUCGUAUUGCUACCACUGAACUGAUUAUCAAUAUUACUGAUAUUAAUGAUAAUGAACCGAAAUUAAAUAAAGAUAUUUUAUUAUAUGGUUUUACAAUAAAUGAAUGGGAUGAAUACCUAGGAAAUGAGAAUGAUCAAAUGAAUCAAACUAAUUCAUAUAUAAUUGGUUUUUUAAAUGCAAUUGAUUUAGAUUUUGGAUUAAAUGGUACAAUAAAAUAUACAUUAGCACAAAUUACUACUGAAAAAUAUAUUAGUAAUAUAAAUAAAACAAGACAAUUUUUCAAUCAGAAUAAUGAUGAUCAUGAUAAAUUAAGAUCUUUAUUUCAAAUUGAUUCAACUAGUGGUUUAAUUACUUUAUCAAGAUCUAAACAUUAUUUAAUUGAUCGAGAACAAGUAACUACUUAUCAUUUACAAAUCAUUCUUGAAGAUAUGGGUUAUCCAAUUAAAUUGACAUCUAUACAAACAAUUCAAAUUUAUGUCACAGAUGUGAAUGAUAAUGCACCAAGAUGGCAUGAUGUAGUUGAAUCUACUAAUAUACAGCUAUACCCCUAUAAUAAAGAAAUUACAAUUUUUCAACUUCAACCAAUAUGGGAAAUUAAUCAAAAUUCACCAAUUGAACUUAGAUCACAAUUAAAAGUAUAUGAUCUUGAUUUUGGUGAUAAUGCUAAAUUACAAAUGUAUAUUAUUGAACCAAAUCAUGAAUAUCAACAAUUAAUUGGUCGAAAUCAAUUCAAUUUACCGACAGAUUCAUUAUAUUUAUCUAUAAAUGGUGAAUUAAAAUUAUAUAUUGAUAAAUUAGAAGAAAUUUAUCAAUAUUAUACAUUUAUCCGUGUACAAGAUCAAGGUAUUCAUCGACAAUUAUAUACAGAUGGUUAUUUCUUUAUACAAUUACCAAUUAAAACAAUCAAUAAAUUAGAAGUAUCUAUGGAUUCAUUCAAUAUAACUAAUAGAAAUACUCACUUAAUGAAUAUAAGUCACUUAGCAACCAGCACUCAGUCAACAUGGUUAUGGUUAAAUGAAUUCAAAGUGAUCAUUGUUUUAAUUGUUUCAUUUAGUUUAAUCAUUUUAUUGUCAAUUAUUAUGAUUUUUGUAAUUUUAAUCAAAUUUCAAAAGAAAAAACGUAAAAAAUUAAGAAAAACUUAUUUUCAUCAAAUUAUUGAUCAUAUAAUUGGGAAAAAACAUGAUACAUUCAAUUCAGAUUAUUAUACUACUAAUAUAAGUAAUAAUAGUAGUAAUAGUAAUCAUAAUACAAUAAAUAAUAAAAAUGAUUAUUAUAAAUAUAAUCCAAUGAAUUUAACUUAUCAAUCUGAUCUAAUAAAUCAACAACACUUAAGUUUGAAUACGAAUCCAUUCAAUGUAACAUCUAUCUCUUCUAAUUUAUAUCCUGAAAAUAAUAAUCACAUUGACAGUCAAUAUAGUCAUGAACAUCUUCAUGUGAAUGAAUUUGAUAAUUCAUGUGUUGAUUCAAUAUUUCAACGAAUAUCAGCUCCAUAUGAUUUGUUUUAUCCAACUAUUUAUACUAAUUUAAUGACAUCAUAUGAGAAUACUAUAAUUAAUACUACUACUAAUACUACUACAAGUACUACUAAUAUGAAUAGUAAUAGUAGUAGUAUUAGUAAUCGUAAUUAUCAAUAUUUUAAUAAUACACUUCAUUAUUAAAAGUAUGAAAUAUUAAAUUCAUUGAUAAGUAAAGAGGAAUUUAUUGACCAACUAACAUCAUCAUCAUCAUCAUCACCGUCAACCUCAUCAAUGAGGGAACCGAUGAUGCUGAUGAUAACAAUCACUUAUAAACAACAAACUAUAUAUAAUUAAUGCUCAGUCAAUUAGAACUAAAUAUAAUGACAAAAUAUUAUUGGGAUAAUUAUGAAUACAAUGAGUAAUUGUAUACAAUGUCAUACACAUUUUGCCUAUGGAUAAGUAUACAAUAAAUAAGGUUUUAUGUGAUUUUUACUUAAUUGUAACUGUGGAGAAAAUGGGAUUGUAUAAUGAUCAACAUAUUCUACCUUUAUCAAACUGGUGUAUUCUCUUUCUUUUUAAGAUUAGAAUCUGUCAGAAUGAUAAAUUCAUUAUGUAAAAUAUUUUCUGUUAUGUAUAACAAAAUUAAAUUUGUUUAUUUCUUAUCUUUCUCUUUGUCUCUGAUUAUAUGUGUAUGAUAGUAACCUUAAAUUUUUUUUAAACACUUGAUUCGAAUAAUA